CAUCCUUAAAUGCUACUUUGCCCCGUCAUCUCCAUGAAAUGACCAUCAAUCUUCCCUACCAUUCCGUUCCGAACUGCCAUGACAGAACCUAGAGGUACCGCCCCUCUUUCUGACGACCCGGUCGCUGCCUCAGAAGCCUUGACAGCUACUGCUGAACCGGCGGCUACUGCUGAUUUGCCCCGACCUCCGAAACGCCGGAAGAUCUCAAGUGCAUGCGAGCCCUGUCGCGCGCGAAAAACGAGGUGCGAUGGCAAUAGACCGAUGUGUGGACCUUGCCAGUAUAAACCAAAGAGCCAGCAGUCGUGCGUUUACGCCAGAGACCCUACCAGCAGGAAUGGUAACGGAGAGCACGAUGUAUCUACUAGAGGCUUGUUAGAUCGAAUCCAAAGCCUAGAGCAUGUUAUUGCCUCCUCUUCCUGGCAACAUGCCAGACAGCAUGAAGAAGCGGACCCUAGCUCUCCCCAAGGUAUGCGUGAGGUAGGGGUAACUACAACAGUGUCGAGUCCAAACGUCUCUACACUUAGCGCUUCAAGACGCCCUGUUACUAUUAGCACAGGGCCUCAAAAUCUUCGAGGGGAUGAGGGUCCCCAUUCCGUCAACCAUCUACCUUCUCCUCACGCAGCUCAUCAGAGUACACUUUCGGCUGCAGAUGUAGAGGACUCAUCUAGCCCAGUUAAUGCAAUGGGUUCGACAGCCUUCAAGGGAGGCGGAUCUACCUUACCGCUAAGUUCUGUAAACGAGUUUUAUGGCGGUUCUUCUGCUGCUCGUUUUAUGGAACAGGUUGAAGAGACCAUACCGGGUACUAAUCAGCCACAAAGUUAUGCUACACGACCACAAGCCAAUCUACGCAGAGCUUCUAAACCCGUCCGCCGUGCAUCUAAACCCCAGGGUCUCUCUCUCCCUACUCGCGACUUAGCAGACACACUGUUAGAGAACUAUUGGGCUAAGUCGCACAGCCUGUAUCCUUUCGUCUACAAACCAGUCUUUACUCGUGCGUACGAGGAUCUAUGGAAACCUGUUGAGCUGCAUAGAGGGCAAGGGGAGAGUAGAGACUGUGAUCUUGGGCUGGGCACCCCCGGAAUAUCAGACUCUCAGUCUACUGUUUAUCACUGUGCCCUAAAUGCGAUUUUUGCCUUGAGUUGUCAAUUAUCGGGACCAGAGAUAUUACAGCAUGACCGAGAUUCCUUGUCACAAACCUUCUUCCUCCGCUGCAGAGGCCUUCUUCAUGUUGAUAUCUUAGACCACGGAAGCAUUGCACUCGUGCAAACCUUGUUGAUCGUUGCUCAAUACCUUCAAAGCACUUCAUUUUCCAGUCGUUGUUGGACGUCGCUUGGGUUGGCCUGUAGGAUUGGACAAGGCAUUGGGCUACAUGUAGAAACUAGUGGCUUUCAGAGAGAUGAACGUGAGGUUGAACUUCGCCGCCGAGUCUGGUACGGCUGUACAGUCAUGGACAUCGUUGCGAGUACUACCCUUGGACGCCCCAUGAUGACUCCUUCUCGGGUCACAAUACCUCUACCUUCCAUAUCGAAAACAAGUGUGCAAGAAGACCUAGAUGGCACGUCUUCUCCGUUUUACAUUGAGACAAUCAAGCUCUAUACAAUUCUGGGAAGGAUCGUGUCCACUGUCUAUAGCCCUUGGUCCCCGCAACUCGCGACCUGUGAUCUCGAGCGAAAUGAGAACUGCAGCCACAGCCAGCUAUCCGAAUCGGAAGCUGUCAUGUCCUUUGAUGAGGAGCUUUCGGACUUCGAAGAGGGCAUCGCAACUUGUCUCCACUGGGAAAGGGGCAUUAGUACGAGAAAUUCUUUGCGAGAUGAGUCUCAGCAUUUGCUCCAGCGCCAAUCUAAUGUACUCCAUGCAAGGUAUCUUCAUGUUCGAGUCCUUCUAUACCGUCCAACAAUCUUACGCUUUUGCCAAAAGAUGGUGUCGGCAUCUCAACCUUCCUCGAUUGAGGCACCGAACGAUUUUAAAAAGGACGAAAACCUUCGGUCGAGGAUGAACGUUCAAUCAUCGGUUAUAUGCGUAACUACCUCCAUUGAUCUGAUAAGCUCAUUGCACGACUCGACGACUAAAUCAUGUGACGGUGCUUGGUGGUACACAACCUUUUAUCUCUGCACUGCAGCGACGGUUCUGAUACUUGCCAAAGCCUGCCAUAGGCUGCAUCAGUAUACGUCUAUCGAUAAAAUCCGCGAGGCUUGGACCCUGUGCUGUAAAACAUUGGGUAUCCUCAUAAACAGAGGUCAUCCGGUGAACCAUGCACUAGAGGGUUUGUGCAAUAUGUAUGAGAAAUUUGUUGGAGAAAGCUCGACACAGGGCACAACACAGUCGCAGAGUAGCCUACCUGAAUUAGCCUCUGCUAGUGCUGUAGAGACACAGCAAGAUUUGCAUAGUAUGGUAUCUGACAGUGUUAGAGACUCUCCCUUUGCCGCUGACUCUCUCCACGGGCGGCAUCUACGAAACUUUCCAGGUCAAGCUAUCCCCAAGGAUUUAGAGUCAUCUACUAUGCAACCCUUAUUGGAUUUCAUGACACAAGAUAUAAACCUAAUGCCAUUUGGACUAAUCGACGAAAGCUGGUGGGAUCUAGAUCAGAUGGCAAAUCCAGAAAUGAGUUUCGAUGGUUGAGAUAUAUUUAUCCAAGCCGUCUAGUGUUUGGUUGGUAUCACUUGGGCGUAUACGCCCUGGGAAUAUUGUGACGCAUUGAAGCAAAUAGCAAAGGCGGUAUGGAAUGUACUGUUACUGAAGGGAAAUAGCUCCCAUUUCUUGUGGAUGUACCAGGCCUCGACAUGAUGUUUAUAUUCCUCUAGACCCCUAUGUUAGAUGCGGGCUACAUCGGGUCUUCAGGUUUUGAAUACCUUUUGGGGCCUCCUGGUAUGAAAGUACCCUAACCUAUAUGCCAUGGUCUUCUAUUUAUCUAUCUACUUCAACUUAUGCCCUCCCGACAGCAGGCUCCUAAAAACACCAGAGGAAUGGUACUUGUUUGCCGUCGCUAGCAGCUUCGCCUUAUUUGCCGCGCCAUAGCCGGUGAAGACGUCCUGGG